CGGGGCUGCUGGCGGCCGCGGCGUGGAGGAGCCUGUGGGAGCGCGGCCCCCGCCACGGCGGCGGCGGAGGGAGCGCGGCCCGGUCCGGCCGGGUGGGCGGCGGCAGAGCGGGGAGAGCCAAAGUUGCUGACAGUUCUCUCAGGACACACCUACUGUGCUUCCCCCCCGUGCUGAGCAGGAUCCAGGGCUCCAGGCCCUUCUCUCUGAGUUCUGCCAGAGCCAUUUUGGGCCGGGGCAGGUGGGGAGGUGACGAGGGGAAGGAGAAGCUCACCUUGAAGGAGGUGGCCGAGCUCCUCCAGAAGAAGGAAUGUCGCCGUGUGGUAGUGAUGGCCGGAGCCGGGAUCAGCACACCCAGCGGCAUCCCAGACUUCAGGUCCCCCGGGAGCGGCCUGUACAGCAACCUGGAGCAGUACGACAUCCCCUACCCUGAGGCCAUCUUUGAGCUGGGCUAUUUCUUUGUCAACCCCAAACCCUUCUUCACCCUGGCCAAGGAGCUCUACCCCGGCAACUACCGCCCCAAUUCCGCCCACUACUUCCUGCGGCUGCUGCACGACAAGGGGCUGCUCCUGCGCCUCUACACCCAGAACAUCGACGGGCUGGAGAGAAUGGCUGGGAUCCCUCCCGACAAGCUGGUGGAAGCCCAUGGCACCUUUGCCACUGCCACCUGUACAGUGUGUAAGAGGAACUUCCCCGGAGAGGACUUCAGGGGGGAUGUCAUGGGAGACAGGGUCCCUUGCUGCCCUGUGUGCACUGGAGUUGUCAAACCCGACAUCGUGUUCUUCGGUGAGGAGCUCCCGCAGCGCUUCCUCCUGCACCUGGCAGACUUCCCCCUGGCAGACCUGCUCUUCGUCAUCGGGACGUCCCUGGAGGUGGAGCCCUUUGCCAGCCUGGCCGGAGCCGUGCGCAACUCCGUGCCCCGGGUCCUCAUCAACCGGGAGCUGGUGGGGCCCUUGUGGCAGCAGCGCCACAAUGACGUGGCCCAGCUCGGGGACGUGGUCGGGGGCGUCGAGAAGCUGGUGGAGCUGCUGGGCUGGAACAAGGAGCUGCAAAUGCUGAUCCAGAAGGAGAAAGAGAAGCUGGAUGCAAAGGACAAGUAGGACGGUGCUCCUGCCACCCCUCAGCACAUCAUUUGAUGAUGUCCAGCCAUGCAAUGUCACCAGCAAGCAGCAGGGCGCUCAUGCCAGCACACCCAGUGAGCUCCGUGUCUGCAGCUGGCUGUGUGGAUCUCCCUCCUUCCCAGCUGUCCAUCCCGGAGCCCCCUGCUGGGGCUGGUUCUAGGGAGCAGGAGCUGGAAGUUUUACAGCUUCCACUGAACUGAGCGUCCGAGGCCUCUCACGGCUCCUCCCCAGCCAUGUUCCCUCGGCCACGAUCCUGAGCUGCUGCAGACUGUUUAUUCUGCCAUGAAAUCUCUGCUAAUCAGGGUACAGUCUGGGGGUGGGGGGGCUGCCCCCAUUCCCAUUCCAGCUCAAGCUGCUGCAGGACUUCUGAAUCACUAGAGUGUUAAUUAUUUAUUAAUAAAGAGAUGGAAUUCA